GCCCCAGCCCGUGCAGUGACCGACGCCCUCGGACUGGCCGAUUGCCGCUCAGCAGUGUCCUGCCCAAGCAAUGCCUUUUGCCCCUCAAGAUGGAGGUAGAGGCGGCGCAAGGCGUGCCAGAUGUUGAGGGUGCCGCCAGUGAGCUCAGCAGUGGGGAAUGCUCCCCCGCGCCUGGGGCAAGUAAGCUGGAGCUCGCCGA